AUGGCCCCAACAAGGAUAAGAGGUGCACUCAACAUUGGAUUUCAAAUGAUGAUCACAAUUGGCAUAUUAAUUGCAAACCUUAUCAACUAUGGGACUGCAAAACUAGAAUAUGGUUGGAGAGUUUCUUUAGGUAUUGGUGCAGUUCCCGCAAUAAUGUUAUGUGUAGGAGCUCUUUUCUUAGGUGACACGCCAAACUCUCUGAUUGAAAGAGGUAAAAUAGAAGCGACUAAGAAAAUGUUGCAAAGGAUUCGUGGCAUUGAUAAUGUUGAGGAGGAGUUCCAAGACCUCGUUGAUGCGACUACAAGCAGCCAAAGAUACAUUGCCAACGUUGAUAUUAAGGUUAAUAAUGAUGAUAGUCAUAAAUAUACUUUCCUCGGAAGUGGUACGAUAAGUAAUGGUGAUAAUGACACUAAUUAUGAUAUUGGUGACAAUGAUAAUGAAUAUAAUAAUUAUGAUAACAAUGUUUGUGGUAAUAAUUCUAAUAUUGAUAGAAGUUACGGUAAUAACAAAAAUGAUUGUGGCAAUGCUAGUCAAGAUAAUAGCUAUGAUAAUGACCAUGAAUAA